GAUGAGCUUACUUCCAAUCAGAACUUAUGAAGAUGUUAUGAACACAGUUGGAGGAUUCGGCCUGUAUCAAAAGAUUUGUUUCGUGUUUAUACAAAUGGCCGAUUUGUUUGGUGCAUUUAUAGUCUUUUCUCCACUUCUUGUAGCUGCUGCUCCUCCAAAUUGGUCAUGCUCACCGUCAAACUUUACAAAUGGAACGAAUUCUUCCCAAAUAUUUCAUGAGGAAAUAUCAUCCAUUGUUACAACUUGGCAACUUGUUUGCGAUAAAGAGUGGAUACCUAAUGUAAUCAAUACUAUACAAAUGACUGGCUUUUUCCUUGGAGCGGCAAUUUUUGGUCAGCUAAGCGAUUCAGCAGGAAGGAGACACACUUACUUCUUUGGCAAUUUACUACUGGUGCUACCAUGUCUUAUUUCUGCUUUUGUUCCAAAUUGGUAUUAUUACGCCGUUUGUCGUUUACUUACUGGAAUUGGUUUUGGAGGAUUACAAGUAAUUAGUUCUGUAUAUCCAUUGGAAAUUGUAUCAAAACAGUAUAGAAGUCUAACAGGAACGUUUGGAUUUUGGGCUAUUGGACAAAUGCUCCUAGCUCCAAUGGGCUAUUUUUUUAGAAAAUGGCAAACUCUUCUUAUUGUUUCCUGUUCAACUAGCAUUCCAUUCUUUUUUGGCUGGUUCUUUGUACCCGAAAGUCCAAGGUGGCUCCUACAGAAGGAAAGAUAUAGCGAAGCUCACGAAAUACUCGAGAAAAUUGCCAAGAAGAAUGGCCGCAGUUGUCCCGAUUUGAAUAUAAUUAAACAAAUUACUGUACGAGAUGAUAAACGCGUCUCCUGCAUGAAACUUUGGAUGAGAAAAAAUUUCAAAAAGACGGCCGUCAUCGGAUUAAGCUGGUACACUGUCAAUUGUACAUAUUACGUAAUAUCUUACAAUUUUCCGCACGACCUCAUCAAUAACAAAUACCUAAGUCUAUUCUUAAUUGGAUGCGUUGAUUGGCCCGCAAUGUUGUCCGUUAUCGCAGCAAACCGUCUGACGGGAAGAAAGAAUUCGUUGUUCUUCUACACCGUACAGGCCGCCAUAGGAAUUUUGAUAAUCUUGGUGCUUAACGCUUUAGAAAAGCCUAAAAAUUUGAAAAUUUUACUCUUUAUUGGGGGUCUUAUAGCCAAAGGUUGCACUGUUGCAGCCAUGUACGUUCUUAGAAUCUAUACGGCAGAAACCUUUCCAACGGUUGUUAGAUCGUCCGCAGUCGCCCUUGGCAGUAUGUUCGGCUGUACGGGCAGUAUUUCCGCUCCUCUUCUUCUAAUUAUCUUUCAAAAAUUCCCUAUUGGACCGUUUCUAGUGAUUUUUGUACUAUUCGUUUUAAUGCUAGCUUUCGUCUGUUUUUGUCUAAACGAAACGAGAAAUUUACACCUUAGCGAUUCCUUUAAAGAGCAACAGGCAGCCAUGAAAGACUUGGACGAGGAGAAGACGUUCGAUUUGGGAGAAUUAGUCACAACUGGCAAGAAAAGAGCAGUUUUUCAUCUAACUUCACAAACCAACUAA